CUAGAGUGUAGGUGUUAACGUGGAGUCCUGAGUGUGAAAAGUAGUGAAAUAACCUGCCACAAUGACUUCUACACGUUCAGUUGAGAGUCAGUUUGAAGCAGGUCUUGCUUCGUUCAUUUCAGAGGACAGUGUGGCUCCGGCUGUCAAAGACACGCUGGCUGCUGUCAUAAAGAAGCUAAGAGACAGUGCUGGGACCACCGUGAGGAGAAGUAAGGAGCGCUCUUUGGAAGAAGCCUGUCAAUUGCUGAGGAAAAUCCCAGCUGCUCUCAUGCAGUCUUUACAGCAUCACCGCCCGUUAGUCCAGCUCCUACUGGCUCUACAGCUGGAGGCGGUCAGCACAUCUUCAGCCUGUCGGAAAAUAGACCAGAUGCUGCAGCACUUGGCUCAGUUUGAUCAACCUCUAGUUUCUGAAGAGGUCCAAAAAUGUCUUCACGGAUUACUCUUCCAGGAGCAGGUGCUGUCAUUAAAGGAACUCCAGACAGUCUGUAUGUUCCUGGAGGACAGCACGACUGGGCGAGAAGUUUUAAGACAAGCUUGCACGUCUCUGUUGAGUAAAGUCAUUGAGUUACUGCCUGUUGUUAUGAAAGACGAAGCAAUAAGAAAUGGACCACUGUGUUAUCACACCGUUAAGGUGUGUCUACAGGUGUUCCAGUUGCUACCUGAGCAAGUAGCACCCCUGGUGUUUGGGGAACAGAAAGGCAAUCCAUCUAUGUUGAAAAUUCUGGAAUUCCUAGUGAAAAUCAUCUUGGGGGAGACUUCCAACAGGGACACCCGCUUGCUAGCAGGAACGGCAGUUGCCAUGCUGAUCUCCACAGCAACAGACAGUGAGAGUGGAGGCUCAUCUGCCUGGAGUCUGCUGCAGGUUACCAGCGGGGAGCAAUGGAGUUUGACAAUAGGUGGUCUGCAGGUAGACUGUUGCCCCAGAGAAACAGAUGGAGUGGACAGACUGGCUAUAGGCAGAGGGAUCCUGACCUGCUGCACGAAGGACAUCCUCAUCAGUAGUCAUAGCAAGAAAGGGGCAUGUCUCCUCCUGGAUGGAUUAUUUCCUCUCAUCUCUGCUUUGCAUAAGGAGAAACUGGACUAUCAGUAUCAUGUGUUUCAAGUGUUUAUCAUGUGGCUGAAAAGUGUGAAAGAAUGUCUGCCGGAGAUUUGGGAGGUGACUGGUGCUCCUCUAUUUGGGGAAGGCUCAAGCCUGCAACACACACUCACACAAAUCAUUUGGAACAAUGCAGAGAGCCCGGUAGAAGGUGUUUCUGAGUCAGUGCGCACUGCCUUCUGUCUGUUUCUGGAAGUCUAUGAUCUGGACUGCAGACAUUCUGAGGACUCUGAAAAACUGCUUUAUGUGGACUUACUGCAUAGGAUUGCUGAGCUGCCCUGGGAGUCCAAGGCCAAAUACUCACCACUCAGUGCCCUUCUGCCAUAUGUGGGGACAGGCAAGGUUCUAGAACAGUAUCCUGCUUUACCUUCUCAUAUCCUAAAGUGCCUCUCCACCAAUCACCUUGCUCCUUGUGCCUCUGAAAUCUACAAAUCCCUCCUUCAGGAACAGAGACGAGAGCUUGCCAUUGGUCCAUCGAAGGAUGGACUGCUUACUGAGCCAUUCUUGGCAAGUGAGUGGGCCCAGCGUUGGCAGCCUGCUGUCCUGAAAGCUUUGACUUCUGAUGUGACUUUACUGCAGAAUAACGCCUCCAGCUAUCUCCUGCCCUGCACACUGCGCUGCUUCCCUGGAGCAUUUGACCUCCUUCUGUCUGCUCUUGACCUCUCCACCCCAGGAAACCUCAGAGCCUGGGCUUGCAUCAUGAGUGCCCAGCGAGCAGCCAGUGGAUGUUCACCAUGGGCAUCGAACAGCACCACUGCCAUAGAGACCCUGCAACUAGCUCUGUCCUCUCUGGACGACAGUGUCCGACUGGCAGCUUUCAGCCUUCUCUGCUGUAGCCCAAAGACUAAAGAGGCCCCAACGCAAGUAGAGUACUCCACCAUAAGGGGUUUCUUACCUCUAAAUAUGAACAGCGAGUCAUCUCCAUUUCGCCAGCACCUCCAAGCAGGAGUCAGGAGGUUCCUUGUGCGUAUUCGAGACAGCUGCUUGGCAAGCCUAAAGAGUCAAAAAAACAAAAGAGGGCUGAGUGAGGAAGAAGAAAUGGAGCUUGAACAAGGAGUCGACUUUGUAGACUGGCUGGCCCAGCUGCCUUUGGUCAGCUUGGUUCCUGGUAACAGCUUCCAAAGGAAGAAGACGGCUCUGCUGUUGUUGAGUGCAGUUCUGGAGACCUGCUCAGACUGCUGGAGCCCAGACAAGAAAAAGGGUCAGCCACCAGCUAACAUGGCUGCUCUGAUACAGUGGGCAAGGCACAAGGGUAAGUGGGAUUUCUUCUCCAGAUCAAGACAGUUGCUCCUGAUUGGCUGUUUGGAAGAUGCAACCAAUGAGAUCCGUGAGCAGGCAGCCGAACUGCUUGCAAGGUUUUUUCCUCACUCUCUCCAGCCUGAUGUGGUCAACGUGCUCUUCAACCAGGCACAGAGGUUGCUCCACAGCCCGCGUGUGCAGGAGGCCCAGAUGGGGGCUGUGAUAGUCAAGCUGCUGCUGCAGAAGUGUGUAUCUCUGGAUGGUCUGGUGGUGGGAGGUGAGAAGCAGGGUCAGAUGCAGUCAGACAAGCUGAUUGGACACAUGUUGAAGAGCCUGGCGCAGCAAUACAUUACUGCCAGAGAUGACAUGCUGCUCGCUGCACGCUCAUCACCUCUACACGGUGUAGUAAGUGCUCUGCAGCGGUGUCUGCUGGAAGUGCCUGGAGUUGUGGCUGAAGCUCUGGACCACAGCAUGACAGUAGAGAUACUGUCCCUGCUGGAGAAGAUCACUUUGCUGUUGCUGGGCGUGCUUUAUGGAGACCAACAUGCUGAAGACAGAGAGAUCCCCCCGUCCUUUUGCGACAUGGGAAAUGCCAUAAGCUCUCUGAUUAGUAAAGGUGGGACAGGUCAGGCAAGGUUGGAUGAAGAAGGGGAGGAGAAUGUGCUGCUAUCUGAAGAACACAGUCUGGUUCUGACCUGCUGCUGGGUCACACUGAAGGAAAUGGGGAUUUUUUUGGGCUCGCUGGUGGAGAGAAUUCUCUCAGUGCCCUGUAAAGACACACCACUGCUAACUGUGGAAGACCUGCAGAGGGCAUCAAAAGUUUUCACGGACAUUAUUCUCAAAUGUAGACACUGGGGGGCAGUGGAGGGCUGCUGUAUUGGAUUCACUAAGUUCUGUGCUGCUCUCCUUGCCAGUUCUGAUCCAGAACUCAGAGAGAUUCCUGGCCAUAUACUACAGCAGGGUCUGAAUGUUCUUCAGUCUCCACGUGCCACCUCAGUGACGAGACGUGCAGCAGGGCUGCCCAUGCUCAUUCUAGGCGUGUUAGCUGCAGAGGAGAGUGGUGCUUCUCGGCCUCUGCUGGCCCACAGUGUGAACACCCUGUUAGAGACUGCGAGGGCCCCUGUGCCCAAAGACUGGGACCAAACAGUUGACCUUCCACAGGUGUGUGCAGUUCACACGCUGCAGACGCUGAUGAGGGGCUCCAGUCUGGGUUUGAAUAUUCUUCAGUACGCCGCUGCUAUCACCAUGCUAUCUCUCACACUCCUUAGCUCCCCCUGCUGGGCCAUGAGAAAUGCUGCUCUGCAACUCUACAGUUCUCUUUGUACUCGGAUGUUGGGUCAGCGGCCUGCUGGAGAGGAUGUCUCCGCCCAGUACAGCAUGUCUCCGCCGGCCUUCUUCAGUCACUACCCUGCCCUGCAGCCCUUCCUCCAGGUAGCACUAGAGAGUGCAGCCGCGGAUCUGCAUGAGAGCAGACUGAGUCUUCAUCCCUCCCUUUACCCUGUGCUCACACUGCUGGCCAAGCUUCAGCCUGGAGCCCAGGAGCAAACACGCGCUCUGUCAGACUUCCUGCCUCCGUUACUCCAGUUAGCCGCUAGCCCAGUCUAUGCAGUUAGAGUGAUGUCAUCCAGAGCCCUGGUUGCUCUGAUACCACCCAUUGAGUAUGUGGGAAGCGUCCUGCGGUUGGUGAGAGAGCUGCCAGAGUCACCGGACACCCCAUGCUGUCACAACCGCGUACACGGCCAACUCCUACAGAUAAAGGCCAUCCUGGUCAGAGCACUGCACACUGGCAACCCUUGUCAGUCCUCUCUCUGUUGUGUGGUGGAGGAUUUGGAGGCCCGGCUGUGGCUCGCUUCCCCAGAGCAGCGGUGUCCUCUAGUAAGGCAGGAGUAUGUGUCUGCGGUGAGGCUGUUGAAAGAGAACUGUUCUGAGACAUUCCUCUCCCACCUGUGCUCUCUGCUGCUGGAGGAGAUACAUCGAGCUCCACACACACUGGAGCUUGGUUCCGCCGCCUUCCACCAAAGUGCAGUGUACUUCCUGUGUGAAGAUCCAGAGUGGGUGUGCCAGGUCUGGCAGAACCUGUCCAGUGAGAGCACAGUUGCACGGCUGUCCUUAGUCAAGUGGGUAAAAGAAGGGAGGAGCUUGAGAGGAACCAGCCCACAGAAGGUGGUAAUGCGAGCACUCCAGGUCAACCUGAAGGAGGCGCUGUUGGACCAAGAUAUGGAGUACAAAAGAGCGUAUUUAACAGCACUGGUGGAAGUCAUGACACCACAUGUUUUGGGUCUAGCAGAGCCUGGGCCUUUCCUCUGUGUACUGGAGGAGGCAGGGAUGAAAGACUGUGUGGAUCUUCUGCUGGAGGAUCUGCAGGACAAUAGAGGAGGACCAGAGCUGCUCUCGCAGGCUCUUUGUGCUGUCAGUCUGCUCCUUUCUCAAAGUAUGGACCUGGCCCUGCUCCAGCGCUGGUGUGCGUUAUUGGAGACGCAUAGGCAUCCUGAAGCUCCUGAGACUCUGCGACUGGCCUGUGCUGAGGCUCUAGGCCUGAGUGGUGCUGCAGUAGUGACCAGGAGCCUAAGGGGCAGCCCGACUCUAAAGACCCUCAGCACAAGGCUGAUCAGUGUAGGUGUGCAUCUACUUCAGGAUGAGAGUCAGCAGGUGAGAGCCAAGGCAGCUGUCUUCGCCUCUGUGCUCUGUCAGUCUGAAGCAGGCGGAGCCACACAGAGCUGCUUUCUCAUGCAGAUCAACCAGUCACUGCGUUCACUGCUGGACCUGCUUCUGAGGGAAUUGUGGGAUAGCGAUGGCAUUGUGGAGGCUCUGGUGUGCCAUCUUCCAGCAUGUGAUCUCAGUACAGUAUUGCUGGAGGCCAAACGCACUCAAUGCAGCAGUCUGUACGAGCAGGACGAAGCGAACGUGUUUUUGGAGCCCUCAGUCAUCUCAGAGACUGUGCUUCAGUACCUGCUUUGCCUGGCGAAACGAUACCCAGAAUCCCCUUCUCUUGCAUGCCAUCUGGAUCAGUGGGCAAGUCAGAGUGCAGCCUCAGUCAGAGAGAACCUCGACAUCUGCAUGAGGCUUCAGUUAGGUGAGACACUGGAUCCUGAUUGGUUGAGUUUGCUGAUGGAGCCACGUUUCCAUGGCGCCCUUUGUGGCCUGUAUACCAGAGCUGCUCUCCUCCUGCAGCUCCUCAGAGUCUCCGAUAACUUCCAACCUCUGCUUGACCCCUCGACCUUAGCCCAGGACCUUCUGGAUUCACACAAACGGCUGAGCCUGCAUGGAGUCUUCCUCUCAAACACCUUCAUCCCCUCUGAAUUGAACUGCUUGUAAGAUUACGAUUGAAAGAUCCAGACACUUCACUGCAGGGACGCUGGGAUUGUUGUGUUUACCCAUCCACAAGAGAGUGGCCUAAUCCAUUUCAGAUCAGUCUUUUGUAGUAGUGGUUAUCAUGUGGGAUCAGUUUUAAAGAAUAUUAAAAAAAAAAAACCACCCAUUCAACCUAAAGAGAAAUUAUAGCGCGCUUUGUUAGGAGUUGUGAGAUGACACUCCGUUAACUGUGGUAGUGUUGUGAGCUAAUGUUAGUUCAAAUACUCAACAAAACUACGCUCACUCUGUACUGUCAGUGUGAUUUUCAUACAUAAAGUAUACAUACAGUUUAAAGUUCAGCAGAGCAACAGUUGCUAUGAACGGAUUUGUGGGUGAGCCGCAGAUAGCUUAAUAGUGGUGCAAGUCUUCACAAAUAGGUUGAGAGCCACCUCUCUUCCUACAUGCAGUUUUAGAGAGUGUGAGUACUGAAUGGAAGAGGCAGAGCAGAUAUGAUUCUGAAAAGAUAGUAAUGAUGCUGUGCAUCCUGCAGACAGAGUUACGUAAGAUGCAGGCUAAAGACUGUAGUAGUUAAAGCAGACUCACAUUACUGUGGAUGAAAGCCAGGGCAUGACUGGGGUUGCAGCCAAGUGCCCUGUCUACACCGGUCACUGUGCUACAAUUGUAUGUCCAUGUCGGUUAUUCUACAUAUUGAAUGCUACAGUCAGUUCUGUGUGAAUGUGCCUAUAGCACAUCUUUUCAAGUUGAAAACUGAAAUGCCCACCUAAAUAACUAAGUUUAUGCAUGUACAUUUUAAUACGCCUCUUUUACAUGGUGUUUUACAUACUUGAGUGCUUUAAAGUACCUCCAUGAAUCUUGGGUGAAGACGGCAAAGACUGAAAAGAGAAGUUGCUUAAUGGGAAUUCUAUUGAUGUUUUUGUUAUUGUUUGUUUGUGUGUGUGUGUGUGUUGUGUGUUCAGGUUUGGAGACAUAACUAGUCUUUCAGAGUGGUUUGAUGUGAAAUGAGGGUGCUCUAUCAAAUUUAAUACAAAUAUUAGCAUUUAUUAUGCAAAACCAUGAGUGAACCUACAAGUGUCCUAGAUUUUAAAAAACAGUUUUCUUUGGGGAGUAUUUUGCCUUACCCUGCAAUACCCCUUUACCAUGAAUAAUUUUUUUUAUAUGUAUCUUAUGACUACUGUAAAACAAUGUGUCAGGCAUCAGACAGCUUAUUCAUAACCAUUUCAUAUAAAAGUUUCUGUUAGGGUGCUUUUAGAGGAUUAAGCAGGAUCUCUUUAGACAUCUGGUUCCUAUCACCAUCACUGUUAACAAUUCUGACUCUGCAAGUUUCUCCAGAACGAAACAUUUCACAAUGAAACACUCUAAAUGACUUUGUUUAUAUAUGAAUGCAUUAAUUAUCAGUGGAAAUCAGUGGAAUUCCCCUGUAGUACUGUUAUUUAUAAUUUUUAUAUUUGUCUAAGUUUUUCUAUGAAUUUUGAUUCAUGUACAAUACAUGUAGAAUCUGAUACAUCAAUUAAAAUUUGAUUUAUUUUUUAUUA